UGCAAAAAAAAGAAGAAGCUGUGUUAAUGAUCUUAUUUUUAAAUAUUGGUCGUAACAAUUGCUUUGAAUCUAUUAAGUCUCUUACAAAUUGGUACACAAAUCAACCUCUUUCGUUCAACAUUUUUGGUUUCCAUUUCUUCUAUUUAUUUUUGUAAAAGCCUCCUUAUUCAUACUGAAUCACUCACAUUUGAAAAAACUCCUGGCUUAAGUCUGAAAACAUCUAUUAUUGUGCAGUGUUUAUACAUCCAACAUAUCCCUACCAUUGAUAUGGUGAUUUAACUUUUCUAAAUUUAGAAAAUAUAUUUUUACCUUUACCUUUCAACCAGGCAUUGUGCAUAUUACUUUUAAUAUAUAUUAUAUUUCAAAGUGAAUAUCUACCCUCAAAUAACCAUAAAACGGCAGCUAGUGAUCAUGUUCAAAUCUUCCAUUGUAUAUGUACCCUGAUAUCUGAAACAUUUAUAUAAAGUAAAUGCAGUAAGUCCCACCAACCAGCCCACUGUGGUUUAGUAAAGGUACAGGACAGGUAAAGGUGAAGCGGGAGGGUUGGACAUGUGAGUGUGUGGUCAGUGUGUGUGCAGAUGUUCCUGCAGUGAUGGCUCAGCAGGUGAAGGUAGCAGCAGCCGCAGAGCUCUACUCUGACAUGGAGACUGUCAGCUCCACUGCAGAUAUAGGAGAGUCGCUGAGGAAGGGCGCUUUGUGUGAGACCUCCAUGGGGGUCGGCUUGGGCAGGCGGAGCCGGGCCUACCCCUCCCCGGCCCGGAGACGACACCGCACCACCUUCAGCCACAAGCAGCUGGAACAUCUGGAGGUGGCCUUUGGACAAAACCAGUAUCCUGACAUCUACUACAGAGAGGAGCUGGCUCGUGUUACCAAGCUCAACGAGGCUCGCAUACAGCAGGUUUGGUUUCAGAACAGAAGAGCCAAGCAGAGGAAGCAGGAGCGAGCCUCCCACAAGGUUCUCCCGGUGGGUAUGAUGUCGGGCCACAGGGCGCUGCUGGGGGGGAUGCACGUCCAGCCCCCCACCAUGGCCCGGCAGUACUACACCCAGUCCCUGGCUCACAUCCCCCGCCUCCCCCCUAUGCUGCCCUCCGGGGCGUACCCCUGCCACCCGGGCCAAGUGAGCCAAUGCCCCUGCCCCAUUGUCCCAUCACAGCCAGCCCCCCAGCGGCAGCAUGAGGACUGGUACAGCUCGCUGAGGGGCAACCUCCCCUCCCCCAUGUUCACCCUGGCCUCCGUGCAGCCUCUGGACCCCGCCUCACACUGGAGCUGAGAAGGAACAGACCUACUGUAUAAAGCCACAAAUUACAUUAAAAUAACUUUUAGACAAUUCAGUGAUCGUCAUAAUUUAAUGGGAAACUCAUUUCAUUUUCACAUCAUAUCGAAAGUUGGACGUUUCAAAUAGCCUUAAAUGUGUAGCAUUGUAUCAAAAUCUGAACCUUAAGUGGUAAAAUGCUAACUCAUUUCUGGCUUUGGGACUCAUUCCUGCACCAUUCUAUUUCUUUCACAACAUUUUCAGCCAUUACAUGUUCAUCCUUACCAUGUUUUAAGUAAUGUAUAGCACAUAAUGUAAAACUUCAUUU